CUUCUGAUAGAGCUGCUGUUUUUGAUAGUAAAAUAUUCACAGAACCUGCUAAAAUAAUUGCUAAUGAGGUUGUGAAGAUGUCGGCACUUCUCUUGAGACCAAGUUGUUAUCCACCAUCAAAUCCUUCAUUUCUAAAUCCCAUUGCAUAGAUUCACAACAAGGUUUAGACAUGACAAAGCUGAAGCCUGGUGAUAUUUCUGCUAUAUAUUUUUUGGAACUACCCGAAAUCAUUGGAAAGUUUGACCCAAAGAAAGCUAUGGCGCUUGGACUAAAACCGGGAUUUAAAUUCCGUGAUCUGCAACUUGGAAAAUCAGUCCCUUCAGAUGAUCCAAAAAUAUCACAGUUGGUUCAGGUUCAUCCAAAUGAUGUAAUGGGUCCCUCAGUUGCUGGCCCGAUUGUCCUUCUUGUGGAUUGCCCUACCCUCUCUCAUUCGCAACAAUUGGUAUCCCUACAUUCUCUCGGUAGUUACUACAAUGGUGAGAAGAUUGUGAGUUGUGUUAUUCACUUGAGUCCAUCAUCUGUUACACUGACCGAGGAGUAUCAAACUUGGAUGAGAAGAUUCGGCGGAGCCCAACACAUUAUGGCUGGACAUGAAAAAAAAAACAUAGAGAUCCCAAUUCUGAAAUCAACUGCAAAGAUGGCAGCUCGACUUAACUACCUUUGUCCCAACUUCUUUCCAUCAUGUGGAUUUUUGGCUCGUCCGAAUUUUCACGAUGCUGAACAAGAUAUCAUCGCGUCAAAUUUGGUUGCUGUCCCAAAUCCAUCUAAAAUUGUUGCUGCUGAAAAUCUUCUCAAGUUCCAUUUGCGUCCAUCUUCACAUUAUGGGUUGAAUAAAUCCGCCAUACCGAAGUUGGGGAGCCAUGCAGAGGUCAUUGAUGAUCUUCUCUUAGAAAUUCCUGAGAUAGCAGAUGCUGCCAUUGAAGUUAGCAAUUUUUGGAAUAAGUCUGGAUCUAAUAUCCCUAGUUGUUUGGAGAACAUCACCAGAGAAGAAAUGGAGAUUGUUUUUCUAGGAACAGGAUCAUCCCAGCCUUCAAGUUAUCGGAAUGUUAGUUCAUUCUUCAUUAAUCUUUUCUCCAAAGGAAGUCUGCUCUUAGAUUGUGGUGAGGGAACUCUAGGACAAUUGAGAAGAAGAUCAUCACACUGGUCUGGCAAGUAUUCUUGCCCAUCGAUGCCGAUUGUUAAAAGGUACAAGUCAAGAAAAGAUACUUGUUAUUGCACCAAUACAACUGAAGGGUUUCUUAGAUGCACACCAAUCUGCCGAGGAUCUAGAUAUGCAGUUCAUUUAUUGUGGGCAAACAAUGGAUGCUCAGUGGGAGGGCUUUGAAAGUUACCGUCAGAGACCAAGAAAUCUUGGCGAAUUAACUAAGGAUUUUGAAACUCAACAAAAGUUGAAAAAGAUGUUAGGUGAAGUAGGUUUGGAAGCUCUUAUUAGUGUUACUGUU